UGAUGAGAAGGGUGAUUUGGUGGGUUUGUGGUGAGGUAUGUACUUCCCCUUUCUGAGGAGUGUCGAGGCUGCUGACAAGAUUCAGGGCUUCCCGAAAGUUGUGGCGGUUGUGCUCACACUAUUAGUGAUUUGGAUUAAGUGCCGGGAGCUUCAGAACGCUGCAAGUGCGCCGGUUCUCGUGGGGACAAGGGCGAGUGGAAGGGUGGGGAUGAUUUUGGAGAGCAAUCCGGGAUGGCGGGAGCUGCUGAAAGAUCCACGACCUGUUUUAGAGAAUUUGGGAAACUUGGGGGGGAAGUAGAGAUUAUGAGUGAUAGGAUAAUUUUUUUAGGGUCCUUUAUGGCUGGAACGCAUUUCGAGAUU